ACACUUGGGUGAGCACAGUGAACGCAUCACGCAGCGACCAACAUGGCGGCCCCCCUGCCCGGCAGAUGUGGCUUCUUCGUGGAGAAAAAGAAACGUUUCUGUAAAAUGAUCGUGGCGAGAGGGAAAGUGUUCUGCGGAGAACACGCGACCAUGGAGGAAGGAAGCAGCAGGAGGAUCGUGUGUCCUCUGGACCCCAAACACACUGUGAGUGAAGACAAACUGGACAAACACCUGAAGAAGUGUAACUCCAGAGAGAAACCCAAACCUGUUUAUUAUGUGGAGAACAUAAACGCUGGAGCAGCUGACGGAGACGAGACGCUCCAACAGGUGAGUCUGUGUGAGCGCAGCCGCACAGAGUUACAGUCUCUGCUGGACAAACUGAAGACGGCCGCCUCAGGACUGCAGGGAGACGUGGAGGACCGGGUUCUGUCUCAUCCUGUCGUCCAGGAGGAACUCGCCAACCCAAAGAACGGAGACUCCGCCCACAAACACCUGAAGCAGCAGUCCUCUAUCUUAGGUCACCUGGAGGCGCUGGGGCUGCUGGGAAGGGGGCGGUGCUUCGUGGAGUUCGGGGCAGGUCGAGGGAAACUGUCUCACUGGAUCCACGAAGCCCUAAAGACCGGAGAGGACCUGAAGACCGGAGACCACCUAAAGACCGGAGAGGACCUGCAGCUGCUGCUGGUGGAGCGCUGCAGCACCCGGUUCAAGGUUGACGGGAAACAUCAGGACGUUGGAGUUCAGUUUGAGAGGCUGCAGGUCGACAUUCAACAUCUGGAUUUAAGUAAAGUCCAGCUGCUCACACAGAAGAGGCUCCCGCUGGUCGGAGUCGGUAAACACCUGUGUGGAGCGGGGACAGAUCUGGCUCUGCGCUGUUUGUUGGGGACACCAGGACCCAGAGAGGGGACAGAACCGCCCCCGAAACGCUUCAAAACCUCAGAACCAGCUGAUGAAUCUGGAUCUGCGGAUUCAGCAGGACUGCCAGACCCUGGUCCUGGUCCUGGUGUUGACCCCGGUCCUGGUCCUGGUCCUGGUCCUGGUCCUGGUCCUGGUCCUGGUCCGAUGCAGGGCCUGGCGGUGGCGCUGUGCUGCCACCAUCGCUGUGAGUGGCGUCACUACGUGGGGCAGCAGUUCUUCCUGCAGCGAGGCCUCGGGGCUGCAGAGUUCUCAGCGUUCUGCCGGAUGUCCAGCUGGGCCACAUGUGGACUCAGACCGACCAAUCAGGACGGCCAGCCUCCGGAUCCGACCAAUCAGAGAGGAGAUGACGAAGAGCAUGAACCGGCGGAGGAGGCGGACGCUGUGAGCGGGUUUCUGUCGGCGGAGGAGCGCGAGCAGGUCGGUCGUCUCUGUAAACGUCUGAUCGACGGCGGCAGACUUCACUUCCUGAAGACGAAAGGAUUCGACGCCAAACUGACUCGCUACGUCAACAGUCAGGUGACUCUGGAGAACGUCUUACUGACCGCCGUCCCCUCGUCUCCGUCCUGAAGGACCAUCAGGAAUCACACAGAGACACCAGUUUCUACAAAAGAGUUUUUAUUUGGAGUUAAAAUGAAUAUUUGUUCCAUUGUUUUGUACAUUUUCUAUUAAAUUCAUUUGUGUUCA